AUGGUUGGAGUUGAUGAAAUCAAAUACCAAAGUUCUCAUUUUUGUCUCUCUCAGCGUCUCAGAGUCCUCAAUCCUCACAGAUUUCUGCUACUGAAAGAUCGGAGUCAAAAUAAGAUGAUUGAUCGGAUUAGAACUCCUACCAGUACUAGUGGGGAUGGUGUUGGAGGUUUUGAACGAGAAGAUUUCGUUCAAGGGUCUGCAAAUUUUGGAGCUGGUGGAAUUGGAGCUACUCUCAAUCAGUUGAGUAAGUGGAUUGUGUCGGCGCUUUUUAUGGCUCUCAUUCUCUGGAGGCACGAUGCUGAAACAAUGUGGGCGGCCAUGGGCGUUGCGCUUAAUACUACACUCUCAGUCGCACUAAAAUUUAUACUAAACCAAGAAAGGCCGAUUUCUACCUUAAGAGCUGACCCUGGAAUGCCUUCUUCGCAUGCACAGUCCAUCUUCUAUGCAGUGGCAUUUAUCAAUAUGUCAAUGGUUGAAUGUUACGGGAUUAAUGCACUUACAGCAACCCUGUGCGGGCUUGUCUUUGUAAUUGGAUCUUAUUUUUCAUGGCUACGGGUUUCACAACAAUUCCAUACAAUUAGCCAAGUCCUUGUGGGAGCUGUUUUAGGAUCAACUUUCUCCAUUUUUUGGUACUGGUCGUGGAAUGCUUUUGUAUUGAAGGCAUUUGUAUCCUACUUGUGGGUUAGAAUUCUGAUAGUUCUGGGUUCUAUUGGAUAUAUCAUCGGAUUUAUUGUUUUUGUUUUCGUGGACUCGAUUCUGCGGGAAUAA